AUGAUUCCACCUCAUUAUACCGAUCGCUAUGUCGAUCAGAGGUACAACAAAGCACUCAUGAUAGUCCAGAAUUUACCUGCGUCCUCAAGUUUCCAGCCUACAAAAGAACAAAAGUUAGAGCUUUAUGCGCUUUAUAAGCAAGUUUCCCAUGGAUCCAUCGACACACAAAGACCAGGAAUAUUCGAUGUAGUAGGAAGAGCUAAAUGGGAUGCAUGGAAAAAAUUAGAAGGCUUGAAUGAUCUUGAAGCCAAGCAUCGCUAUGUUGAUACGCUUUUGAGAAGCGCAACAGAGGUAUACUGA